CUUUCAAGUUUUCGCGCCAUUUUGCUGUUCCUUCGAUCUCUGGACAUGAACUAAAAAAAUAUUCCUCCUGAUUGCAAAAUAAGAGAAUAAUUCUACAACUUAUACACCAGAACAUUCUACACAUUUUUGCUAUUCUUGGGAUGGCCAAAGUAAAUUUAUGUAAUGUGGAAAUCAAAGAAAAUCCGGCAUCUUUUAUCGACCCUCUGGAGUUUGAAAUUUCCUUCGAAUGCUCUGAGGAAUUAAACGAAGAUCUUGAAUGGAAGAUCAUCUACGUAGGGUCAGCUGAGUGUGCUGAUUAUGAUCAAGUGCUAGAUUCUGUUCUCGUUGGACCUGUUCCAAUUGGCAGGCAUAUGUUUGUAUUUAAGGCCAACCCACCAGAUCCCAGCAAAAUUCUGGAUCAAGACGUCAUCGGCGUCACUGUUAUACUAUUAACAUGUUCGUAUAAAGACAGAGAAUUCAUUCGGGUUGGUUAUUAUGUAAAUAAUGAUUAUGCAGAUGUAGAAAUGAGAGAGAACCCACCAGCAAAGCCAGUCAUUUCGCAGCUUCAAAGAAAUAUACUUGUGUCUGAACCGAGAGUAACAAGAUUUAAUAUCAAAUGGGAAGAUUGAGCUACAAAAUACUGGGGAGAAGUUGUAUACAUGUAAAGAGAAUGAUGUGGGAAGAGAGUUGAAAAUAAUUGCUGCUCAGUGGCAGGACAUAACAGGUGACAUAAGGGUCAAACUGAUCAACAUGUGAUGAGUCAAAGGGACAAGUCAUGAGGACUGCCUAAGAGGCAUUUAGAUCGAAAAGUGCCAGUAUUGGCCAGACAUUCACCAUUGACCAUGCACUGUAUUAAUUAUUUUUAGCCCCUGGUUGCAGUUCUAGGAUGGGGUUGAUUUUUUUCACAAUGUGAUCGAUUUUUUUCACAAUGUGAUCGAUUUGCUGAAUUAGGCUAAUUGCCCUAUUUCACUAUGAUGUCACUGCUUGUUUAUGUGGGGGAUAGAAUCGCCAAAUCCAAUAGAACAUUUAACAAAAUUUGCUCCUAGCGAAACAGUUUAAUCUAAAAUGGCC